AUGGCAGACUUGCCGGCUAAUGCGCUUCGCGAGGUAGUCUCGUUAGACGGCAUCUGGAACUUUGCUCUGGCUGCAUCUCCGAACCUCAACGAUGACCCUGCCUGGACGAGGACUUUGCCAUCUACGCUACAAGCGCCAGUGCCUGCAAGCUACAACGACAUAUUUACCGAGCGCGAGAUCCAGAAGCAUGUUGGCUGGGUCUUCUACCAGAGAUCGGUGACGUUGCCAUUCUCGUGGAGAGACAAUCUCGUCAUCAUCCGCGUUGGUGCUGCGACACACCGCGGCCGCGUCUAUGUCAACGACACGUUUGUCGUCGAGCACCACGGCGGCUACAUGCCAUUCGAGGCGGAUAUUACCAGCAUCAUACAGCCGGGAGAAACCUUCCGGCUCACCAUCGCGGUGAACAACGAGCUUACUUGGGAGACCGUUCCGCCGGGUGAAAUCGAGGUCGCUGCAGAUGGCACGCGAAAGCAAAUCGUCCGACACGACUUCUUCAACUACUCGGGCCUCCAUCGGUCUGUGCAACUGUGCUGCGUUCCCAAGAACCACAUCACCGAUGUCCGGGUCGUCACCGAUGUCAUCAAUUCAGGCAAGACGGGCACUGUCGAAUACCAAGUCACGACCACCCAGUUAGCAAGAAGCAACAACAGGGUCAAAGUCGCACUCGUCGAUGAAGCAGGGUCAACCGUGGCUGAAGCAAUGGGAGCUCAAGGCACGUUGACCGUCGACUCCGUGCAGCUCUGGCAGCCCGGUGCUGCAUAUCUCUACCAUCUCCAUGUUCGGCUCUUUCCCUCCGCCGUUCCGAUCGCGGCGGAUGAGUACAAGGUCAAUGUCGGCAUCAGGACCGUCAAGGUGGUCGGCCGACAGAUCCACAUCAACGAGAAGCCAUUCUACUUUACGGGUUUCGGCAAACACGAGGACUACCCAGUGCGCGGCAAGGGCCACGAUGCUGCCUUCAUGGUCCACGACUAUCAGCUCCUCAAAUGGAUGGGCGCCAACUCGUUCCGGACCUCCCACUACCCCUACGAUGAAGCGUGGCUCGACUAUGCAGACAGGCAUGGCGUUGUUGUCAUCAACGAGACCCCUGCCGUCGGCAUGAAUCUGGCCAUCAUGGCCGGCUGGCAUGGUAAAGCACACAAGCCGACAUUCUCCCCCGACACCUGCAGCGAUGUCACACGCAAGAAUCACGAGCACGCCCUGAGGGAGCUGAUCCAACGUGACAAGAACCACCCCUGUGUGGUCAUGUGGGUGAUUGCCAACGAGCCCUCGUCACACGAGGAAACUUCUCGGCAAUACUUUGAGCCCUUGACGGUGCUCGCCCGGGAACUCGAUCCCACCAGGCCCAUCGGGUAUGCAAACGAGAAACAGGCCGGGCCCAAGGAGGACAAGAUCAUAGACUUGUUUGACGUCAUCUGCCUGAAUCGUUACUAUGGCUGGUACAUCUUUACGGGCGAUCUCUCGGGAGCCGAAAAGGGCCUCGAAGCGGAGCUGCGCGAGUGGGAGGCCAUGUAUGGCAAGCCCAUCAUCAUGACAGAGUACGGAGCCGACACCUUGGCCGGACUCCACACGGUCGGCGAUGUUCCCUGGACCGAAGACUACCAGAUGACGCAUCGGGUGUUUGACAGGAUUGGGAGCGUGGUCGGCGAGCACGUCUGGAACUUUGCCGAUUUUCAGACUCCGACAGACUUCAUCCUACGGAUAGACGGCAACAAGAAAGGUGUCUUCACGAGGGACCGCAAGCCUAAAGCUGCUGCACGAACGCUGAGAAAGAGGUGGUUGGACCUCCAGAAUAGACUCGAUAGAACAUCACGCUAG